AUGUUCCGCGACAGGAUAGCCACUGAGAUUAUUGUCCUACAGCGCAUACACAGCUUCUUCGCCGCAGCUACUGACGAAACUAUUGCAAAACACUUGCCUAACCUCGUCGACUUUAACCCAAUAGUAGACGGCGGGUCGCGCUGGCUAGCAGUUCAUCCUAUCCGUGGCUUCGAUUUCGAGCGACUCCGGGUCGUAAUUACCCAUAUAAUACAGCCUUCUUCACCGAACUCUGUCACUUACAGCCUCUCCUUCCCUGCGAUACCGGAAGUGCUCGUAUUACACGUUGCGAAGCAGUUGACAGGAGCAGUCGGGUGGCUGCACGACAUCGCCAACACCGCUCAUAACGACAUCUUUGGCGGGAACGUUAUGCUCGACUUGUCUAGCUGGGACAAGGGGCCUGAUUUCACAAUGCCUACUAUUGUCUUGAUUGACUUUAACCGUGCAAGCUUGAAUCCCAAUGAAAAGGAGAAAGGUGCAGACCGUUCAUUCGUGUACGAGUUUAUACACAUGCUCGACAGUACUGGCAGAGCGUCAUCACAAGGAGCCCAUGAACUAGAAGACACCAGUACACCGAAGCGUUCGCCGACCUGGUGA